AAUAUAUCACGUGUUGAUUGUUUGUUAUGAAUGAGUGAUUAGCGAAAUGAUUAGUGAUACGUGGAUCUCUUCCUUGAUCCUUCAUCUCUUCAAAUUAUGGCAAAUAUAUGAGUGUAUUGUAGAAUUUGAAACAGCCACAGCCUCAGGUCAAGUUUGAUUUUGUUUUCUUAUUACAACUAAAUUACAACGAAAGAACAACCAUCGUUGAACGAACACUUCAUUAACGCAAGAUUUUCUUCCAUUGUGAUAUGCAAAGUGUAGAAAAGCUCGAGCAGUUUUCAGAUGCACUGUUGCAGUUGCAAUUAUACGAUUGCUUGGAAGCAGCUAGCGUUGUAAAUAUCCUGGGAUCAACUGCUGUGUCCGGCUAUUGUUUUUUAAUUUGCCAUGUCUCAACAACUCAGUUCCUCUAAAGAAGACGAGUGGUUCUUAUCUCAAUCAUUCAAGUCCAAAAAAAAAUUCGUGCAAAGAUACAAACAGCUCAACUAUCAUGGAAAACCGAAAUCCAAGAACCUCUACCUUCUUAUUCUGUCAAGACUUCAUACAGCCAUAAACGAAGGUAAUAUCGAUGAUUUUAAAACCUACGAAUCAAUAAUCGAGUUCAUCAGUGGCGAAGAAAGUUCAGAAACGUUGAAAACUUAUUAUAACGAUUCAGGCAAUAUUAUCAAAACGACCAAUUUAAUUAUCCUGGCCUGUAAAUGUGAUAACAUUGCUAUUUUAGAUCACAUAUUUAGUUUCACUAGUAUUUUGUUUCGUUUAUCUGAAAAUGUUGGUAAAGACUUCCCGAAGCCUGAUGAUGAAGAUGAAACGUGUCAUACUGCUUUUUAUUAUGCUGUACGUUCGAGCAAUGCUAAACUUCUUGAAACUCUAAUCGAUAAAUGGCCCAGUAAUUAUUUUGUAGAACAUUCGGAAAAAUUGGAACAAGUUCUCUCUAGAGCUUAUGAAGAACUAAGGUUUAAAAAUGUAUCGUUGUCAAAUCAGAUGGAAAUUUUCGUUGAAGAUAGAUUAAUUAAUCUUCGUUUCUUCUCAAAUCCCGUUGAAUCGGUUCAGAAAACGAAAAAUAAGCUGAAUAAUAUAAAAGAACGUAUCAAUUUAGUGCUAGAAAAUAUCAAUUUAUUAAAUGUCGAGUAUUCGAGUAGUGAUAAAGAAGUUGACGACAAAUUCAUCUUUAUUACAAGAUUUAUCGCGCAAAAUAUUCAUGUACUGAAGCGACAAUUGAAAUCUACUUACAAUGAAUUGCCUUGGGAAGAAGUAGAAUUUUGUUUGACUAGUUUUAUUUCCUCGCAUGUAGAACAACAGGAAUUGAAUGGACUUUGUCGCGCUGUUUUGAAUAAAAAGAAAAUACUCUCAUUUUUAAUGAAUUUUGCAAAAAAACUUGAAAUUAUGGAAAUUGUUGACUCGUUUGAACUUGCAAAACUCCCCGGUUUAGUGCGAGAAGAGGGUGUUGCAAGGAUCAUCAAGAAAAAUCCUCAGUUUGCUGAGUUGUAUAGUGAUUUUUGUCAAGUUAGAGAUAUCUAUUCUCUACACAUAAUGAGUUGUUAUAUAACUCGAGCAUCGUCAGCAAAUCCUAAAAAUAGAACAGGCCAGCUGUGUAUUAUCAGGGCAUUGCAAGUUAUUGGUGAAAAUUUGAAAAAUACUUGGGAGUCUCCAAAGUUAUCCGAUGCUACUAGCAAACUUUUGCUAUUUUCUCUAUCUAAAAAUACUGCUACUAUAAUUAAAGAUUUACGUGACUCGCUUUCACAUGCCUAUUCUCUCAAUAUGAGAGCAGGAAUAGAAAAAAAUGUAAAAAGUAAAUUUUUUUUUGAUGAUAUUCAAAAUGAUAUUAAUAAAGUUGGUGUCACAAUUAAAGAAAUUUUACAUGACAAAAAACUCAAAAUAAUUUUAGCGUUGUUGGAAAAAAUUAUGAAAAGUAAGAAAUCUUCUGAAAUGAAAGAAUUUUCCGUCGCACUUCGUAAUAUUUCAAUACUUCCCAUGAUUAUCAAUGAGUUCAUGUCAAAAGAACUAAAUAACAUAGAAACAUGUGUUAUGGAGUACAAAAGUAAAAUCAAAAGUAUGACAGAUUUUGAAAAAGAACGAUUCAACGAUAUACGAAAAAUUAUUGAUUCGAAAAAACGCCCGAUGAUUCGAUCCAAGACUGACUACAUUCAUGAAAGUAUGGAUUUUUUUCUAUUUGGAGUGAAAAAACUUCAGAGUUGUGACAAAAAAGAAAUCAGCCUUUUUAUUGAUCAAAUAGAAGCUAAUAUUUUACCAAAAGUCGGUACUGAUGAUUUUAAACGACUUGCCAAUCUGGUGCUACAAAUUCAUGGGAGCAUUAUAUCUAGAUCAGAGGAUCCACAACUGAAUGUUAUUUUGUAUAAAAUUUUGUAUAUUGCUCAAGUUGAAGUCAAAGAAGUCGAAGGAAUUGAAGAGAUGAAUACUACACUAGGCUCUGGUGGAAGUGGUAAAAAUGAUCAAGAUUAUGGUUUGAAAAUAGGGGAAAAUUAUCAAGGUGAACUUGACAGAAAAUUAUCUGUACUUAGAAGUAUUUUAAAGGAUCAUGGAUUGCGUGAUCAUGAUCAAAUAGUUGAAAAAUUUCCCUCCUAUAAAAAGGACAACGAAUUACAAUCUACUUUGGAGAUGCUGGUUCUUGAUAUAAUGACAAUCUUUGGCGAGCUAAGAAAUUCACUACCACGAAAUAUAUUUUUUCUUGACGAUAAUGCUCCUUUAUUGAUCGGGAGACCAUUGCGUGACUAUAUUGCCCAUAGUGAUGUUUUAAUUGAUGCAUUAUUGCUAUCUAAUCCUUUAAUAGCGCUUAUAUUAAAUGCUAAAGAACUUUCUGAAGAAAAUUUUAUGAAAAAUAUGCGUAACAUUGGAAAGUUAUUACAUGAUGAUCCUGUCAAAUUGAGAGAAAAAUACACAGCAAGCUUAGCUGCUAUUGCCAAUCAGGAAAGAAUGUUUUCUGCUUUGGUUGACGGAAAUCUUGAUGACUUGAACGAUUCUCAGAAACUAGGAGCUGAUUUCAACUCCAAAUGUUUCAACUUACAGACUGCUUUGCAUUUGGCUGCCAGGGGUCCUAAUCUUGACACUUUUAAAUUUGUUUAUAGUCAUAAUUUGAGCCUUAAUGCGAAAGAUAUAAAUGGACAAACUCCACUACAUGUUGCUGCUGCUUAUGGAAGAAAAGAUAUUGUGGAGUUCAUAGUGAAAGAGAGAAGUGUAGGUGUUAAUGAUGUAGACAAUGAUAGAAAUACACCUCUGCAUAUGGCUGCUCAAAAUGGUCAUAAAAGUGCUGUUGAAUGCCUACUGAAAAAUGGUGCUGAUCUCAGGAUUACCAACAUUGAGAGGUUAACAUCUUUACAUUGUGCUGUAAAAAAUAAUCACACCAAGAUUCGGCGUCAACAAACAUGUGUUGCACUCUGGCGCCGAAUUAUGAAAAUUCUGUUAGGAGAGAAGAUGAAUGUUAAUCAUGUUGAUAAAGCUGCACGUAAUCUAACAUUACUGCACAUAGCAUCAAAAUAUGGUUGUUUGGGGCCAGUUAAAUUCUUACUUGCAAAGAAUGCCGAUGUGACUGCUGUAAGUGAUAAUAUGUGGACAGCUCUACACUACUCGGCAAAAAAUGGUGACCAAGAAAUUGCUUGUGCUUUAAUAGAAAGAGGUGCGAAUAUUAAUUCAAGGUCACUGCAAGGUGAUACCCCGCUACAUAUUGCUGCAGAAUAUGGAAAUCUUGGUAUUGUUAGAGUAUUGCUAAAUAAAGGUGCCAAUGUUAAUGUUAGAUCAAGUAGUGAUGAUAUUACACCACUCCAUUCAGCUGCUGAAAAAGGAUACUAUGAGAUUGUCCAGCUUUUAUUGGAUAAAGGUGCUGAUACUAAUUCUAAGGACAGAGAAGAUUUUACACCAUUGCAUACAUCUGCUUUACGAGAUUGCAAUGCAAACAUCAUUGAAGCUUUAAUACGAAAUAAAUCUGAUGUGAAUGCUAAAAACAAUAAAGGCGAUACUACAUUACAUUUAGUUGUAAAGUCGUCAAAAGAAAAAGCGGUCAGAAUUUUUCUUGAAAACAAAGCAAACAUUCAUGUAAAAAAUAAAGAUAAUUACACGCCGGUUGAGUUGGCAGUUUUGAAAGGCAAUCUACACAUUUUGAAGUUAUUACUACAGCACGUCGACCGUAUAUCAUCAUGUUUGGCGCAUGUGCAGAACGUUUCCAGGAUUCUGCAUCCAAAAUGUGGGCGUCAUUUCCUGCCAUUUGAAUUAUUCGUCCAUUAUAUACGGUCGACGCUACAGCAUGAAAAUGCUCAUCAUCUCUUAAUUAAUGCUAAAGGGUACAACGACCUGACAUUAUUACAUUUAGCAGCUCAAAUAAGUACUGUGAACGUUGCUAAAUAUUUAUUGGCAAACGGAGCUAAUGCUAAUUGUAAAUCAUCCAAGCUUGACAAUGAAACACCUCUACACUUUGUGGCUGCGAACGGAAAUUGUGAACUUACUAAAUUGUUGAUAAAAAAUGGUGCCAAUAUUUGUGCCAAGGGAAAAGAAGGUCUAGAACCUAUACAUGUUGCUGCAGCACGUGGUCACAAAGAGGUUGUUGAAACAUUGAUACAAAGAAAUGCUGAUGUCAAUGCUAAAAAUCCAGAUAAUUUUACACCCUUAUAUUGUGCAGCUCAACAUGGACAUUUAGACGUUAUUGAAGUGUUACUUGAUAAAGGUGCAAGUGUUGAUGUUAGAACAUCACAUAGUUACACUCCAUUAUGCGCAGCUGUGCUAACUGGCAGUAGAAAAAGUGUUGAAAAAUUAAUAAAAGCAGGAGCUAAAACCAAUAUUGUUUGUGAUGAGGAAAUUACACCACUUCACUUGGCAGCUGGUGGAGGUUAUGCCAGUAUUGUUGAACUUUUAUUGGAAAAUGAAUGUAAUGUAAAUGGAAGAAGCGCUCAAGAUGCCACUGCAAUAGAAUUGGCAGUUCUGCAUAAUCACCUUGAAACAGUAAAAAUUCUAUUGAAAGAUGAAAGAGUGAAUAUUAAUGCUACAGAUGGUAAUAAUUACACGAUUUUGCAUUGUGCUGCACAGAAGGGCCAUUCAAACAUUGUAAAAUACCUGAUAAAGAAAGGAGCUGACCUAAACAUGAAAAAUAUUUAUGGCGAUAUACCAUUAAAUCUAGCUGUCUACAAAGGUCAUAUUGAAACUGUUGAGGCUUUCAAGGUGAAAAAUACGAGUGACAGUGAUGAAAGAAAUGCUGAUAAAAUAGCUGAAGCUUUAGAAUCUUGCUUUGUUUAUCGCCACCUACAUGAUUCUAAUGGGUGUAAACUAGAUGCUACAUCAUCCAAUUAUAGUUCUAAAGCUAAAGAAUGUUUGCCAGAAUUUUUAAAGUUGCGAGAGAACCAUCGUGGUUCAAGUCACCCCAAAACUGCUGAAGUAUUAAUAGAAAUGGGUAGAGUUGAGCAGGCUGAUGGUAACUACCAAAAAGCAGAAGAAUUACUGAAACAAGCUUUAAAAAUUCUAGAAAGUAAUCAUGGCUCUGAAAACAUUGGCCUAGUUGAAACAUUGAUGGAUUUAGGUGAAACCUAUGCAAAAAUGAAGAAUCCUCAUAAGCAUAAGGAUGUUUUAGAACGUGUUUUAAGAAUUCAAGAAAAAUACCAUGGUACUGAUAGCUCUGAAUUAAUUGAAGCUUUGAUAAGCUUGAGUAUAGCUUAUGGAAAUUUAGGUGAUCAAUUAAAGAAGAAAGACUUACUAGAACAAGCUCUAAAAAUUCAAGAGAAACAUAAUACCGAUUAUUUGAGAAUGGCUAAAACAUUGAUCAACCUUGGUAAUGCUUAUGGAGCUUUGAGUAAUUCUCAAAAACAGAAAGAAUGCCUUGAAAACGCUUUGAAACUUCAACAAAAACACUUAGAAUCUGAUCAUGUUUCGAUUGCUACUACACUCAAUAAUCUCAGUGCAGUCUCUAUGGGUUCAGGAGAUUUUCUUGCUGCAAAGAAACAAUUAGAGCAAGCUCUACAAAUCAAACAGAAACAUUAUGGAAGUGAUCACCCAGAACUUGUCAGUACACUUAAGAACUUGGGCACCACUUAUAAAGCUUUAGGUGAUUAUGAGCAAUGCAAGAAAGCUUUACAUCAAGCUUUGGAAAUUCAGAAAAAGAUUUAUGGCACUGAGCACAUUGAACUUGCUAACACAUUAUUAGAUCUAAGUCAAGCAUACAGAGCUUUGGGAGAUUUUCAAAUAGAUAAGGAAUUAUGUGAAAAAGCAGUAUCUAUUGCAGAGAUGCAUUAUGGCCGUGAUCAUUACAAAGUCAAUAUUAUGCUUGUGAAUUUGGGGAUUGCUCUUGCAGAAUUGAAGAAUCACGAAGAAGCAUUUCAGUUAUUCGAACGUGUCAUGAAAAGUCGAGAGAAAUAUUAUGGUAUUGAUCACUUUGAAAUGUUAGGUAUUCUCAAUAACUUGAGUAAAUGUUGUGAUGCAUUAGGAUUUCAUGAUAAAAACUUGGAAUUUUUAGAACGAGCUUUAAAAAUUAAAAAAAAACACUAUGGUGCUGAGCAUGAUUCAGUGGCUACUACUCUAAUGGAAUUGAGCUUCAACUAUAAGGCAUUGGGCGAUUAUCAGAAAGAAAUAGUCGUCAUUGAACAGGCUAUAAAAAUUCAGGAGAAGAAGUUUGGGCAUGGUAGCGUUGAGGUUGCAAGAAUGCUUACAAUUCUAGGCUCUGCUUAUCUUAAUUCAGGAAAUCCUUUGCAUGCGCAGAAGCUGUUUGAAAAAGUUAUGAGUAUUUUUGAAAAAACCCUAGGAUCUCAAAAUCCUGAAUUUUUACGCAUUUCUACUACAUUAGAAAUGCUGAUUAUACGGUGUGCACUAGCGCUGUGCAAUUGACAUUCAGUCAUAAAAUGAAGAACUUGGUGCACAGUGAAAGCAAUGAAUUAAUGAAAUAUCAAAGGCUGCUCCAUAUCCUCAAGAAACUCCAUCUCCGCCCAUCACUAGGGCACUACACAAUAUGGGUAUGCUCAUCCACCAUUUUGUUCCUGACCGAUGUUAUCAGCCAUAAGAAUGCAUACAAUUUUUCGCGAAAAAAUUACAAAUUUUUCGAUUGUUCGCGAGUUUUGGUGAACUUUUAAUUAGUCUUAAAUUAAAGCCAAUGAAAUUCCCUAUCGAUUGAUACUAAUUUUUCAUCAUCUAGAGGAAAAUUAACGAUUUAAUGAAUACUUUUCUUUACCGCAUUUUUCAUACCAUAUAUGCCAACUUUGAACUAAAAAUUGUCGAAAUUUUCAGUAAAACUAUGCAUACUUGAAUAUAUCAAAAUGUUCGGUAUUUCUUCCUCUUUAAAAUGAUUUUUUACCGAAAGCUGUAGAAGCAACCGUUCAAAAGUAUUCGAAGUUUGAAGUUGCGAAAACAAGGCAAAACCCAGCUACGGACAGUAAGUAUUGAACUUUGAACUAAAAUUACUCGAAAUUUUCAGUGGACACCUAGGUAUUUUAAUAUAUCAAAAUGUUCGGUAUUUCUUCCUCUUUAAAAUGCUUUUUUACCGAAAGCUCUACCUUCAACCGUUCAAAAGUAAUUGAAGAUCAAAGUUGCGGAAAUAGAUUAUUCAUCAACACAUUGUUUGAAUUGAUAACAGUGAUAACACAAUUUGAACAUUUUGGUGACAUUAUCUUCAAUUACUUUCGAACGGUUGAAGGUAGAGCUUUCGGUAAAAAAGCAUUUUAAAGAGGAAGAAAUACCGAACAUUUUGAUAUAUUAAAAUACCUAGGUGUCCACUGAACAUUUCGAGUAAUUUUAGUCCAAAGUUCAAUACUUACUGUCCGUAGCUGGUUUUUGCCUUGUUUUCGCAACUUUAAACUUCGAAUACUUUUGAACGGUUGCUUCUACAGCUUUCGGUAAAAAAUCAUUUUAAAGAGGAUGAAAUUCCGAACAUUUUGGUAUAUCAACAUAUGCAUAAGUUUACUGAAAAGUUCGACAAUUUUUAGUUUAAAGUUGACAUAUAUGGUAUGAAAAAUGCGGUAAAUAAAAGUAUUCAUUAAAACGUUAAUUUUCCUCUAAAUGAUGAAAAAUUAGUAUCAAUCGAUAGGGAAUUUCAUUGGCUUUAAUUUAAGACUAAUUAAAAGUUCACCAAAACUCGCGAACAAUCGAAAAAUUUGUAAUUUUUUCGCGAAAAAUUGUAUGCAUUCUUAUGGCUGAUAACAUCGGUCAGGAACAAAAUGGUGGAUGAGCAUACCCAUAUUGUGUAGUGCCCUACCAUCACCAGCUAAAAUUUCAGAGGUGCUAUAAAAAGAAGGGGAAAAAAUCAUACUUUUACCUGAUCAACCUAUUUGUAGAAAGCUAAAUUUAGGAUACCAAAAAUGAAGUUGGAAAGCCAAAAUUCACGCGCUAAAAUUUUUAAAAAGUUACUGGCGGUUCUAAAAUGACCGGCCACCACCUUCAGUCGACUAAUAGUGUGUUUAGAAUGCACAGUGAAUUAAACAUGCCCAAGGGGUGGCGUGAUAGGAGGGAUGCAGAUACCCUUAUUGUUGUGUGCCAGACUAAGGUUCUUUGACUUUGAGGCAUAAUGAAAAUUAACUAUCUUGCCAUAAGGGAUUUAAAAUGCGAUGCUACAAUUAUAUGGAAAACAUUACAAAAUUAAAAAUAUUAUAUUUUGUGAUUGUAACUACCGUAAAAUAUAGGUACUUCUUUACUUUUUUUUUUCUUCAAAAUUUUACAAUCAAGUAAGUGGAUCUGGGCAUUUUCCUUUAUUUCUGAUUCAGACAUUAUUAUCAAAAAAUACAAACUUCAACUGUCAAUAAAAAUGCUGAUUAAUGAAUUAUGAAAUUAUGUAUGUAGAUACUCAUGUUACCUUUACCUAUCUUAAACUUAUUCUCAAUUAUUCUGUAACAUUGUUACCCUAUUUUUUUAUUGCACUCGACUGAGACUGAAAUUUAUAUUUUUAAGAAUAAUUCUCAAUCGGCUGUUUAUAUUUUAAGAAUAAUUCUCAAUUUUUGGUUAAUCAGUAAGUAGUUAGUACUAUUAUCUAGUUCAUAAAUAAAUUGUGAUUAAACUUUUCAUUUUGUUAUAGAAUGGGUCAUUUAUUUACUUAUAUAUUUAUUGUGAUUAAAAUUUUCAUUUUGUUAUAGAAUGGGGCAUUUAUUUACUUAUAUAUUUAUAUUUUUUUACUGCACGAAAAUUAUUUAGGUACCUAUCUAGGCUUAAGAUAUUUUAUAUUUUGUUUUGUUUCAUUUUGUUUCAUCAAUAAAUAUUUUCCUAUUU